CCUGUUGUUAGACUUCCUUGUCAGCUGUGACAUCCUGUAAAACGAAUAGUUAUUUUGCUCCGAUUUUCAAGAACUGAAUGCGCUUUGAUCUUACAGGAUGUCAGAUACGCAUAGUAAGCUGCGAAAGCAGUUGGAAUCGCCUAAUUUCGACCCACAAAAUCACGUGAAACAGCUUUCACAACAGUCUGAUGGCGACAGAGACCUGCAAGAGCAUCGUCAAAAGAUCCAGAAUUUGGCAGACGAGACAGCGCAGAAUCUCAAGAAAAAUGUCUACAAAAACUACAGACAGUUUAUCGAGACGGCCAAGGAGAUUUCAUAUCUGGAGAGUGAGAUGUAUCAGUUGAGUCAUAUUCUCACGGAGCAGAAGAGCAUAAUGGAGAGCAUAACCCAGACACUCCUGUCAACAGAUAAGGACGAAACUGCGAAGGAAAUGUUGACUGCAUUCCCCAAAGAAACGGAGGAGGUAAAACAGAGAACCCUUACAACACUGCUCGAGAAAGUUGAAGGAUGUAAGAAUAUAAUGGAAGAAACUCCAGGAAGGUAUUUGGUGUAUAAUGGUGACUUGUUUGAGUAUGAUGUCGACAACAUGUCUCAGAUCCAGAGAGUGCACGCUUUUCUCAUGAACGACUGUCUGCUAAUUGCUACAUGGUUGCCCAACCGACGGGGUGCAGUCAAAUACAAGUACAAUGCGCUGUAUGAUCUGGAAAGCUAUGCUGUGGUCAAUGUUAAAGACAACCCUCCAAUGAAAGACAUGUUCAAAAUCUUGAUGUUCCCAGAUAGUCGCAUCUUUCAAGCAGAAAACAGUAAAAUAAAAAAAGAAUGGCUUGAAAUACUCGAGGAAACCAAGAAGAAAAAGAACACCAAAGAGCUGAAAAAGAAAGAGGAGGAGGUGCCCAACUCCCCGGUGAGACAGGAGGUGUCCACCAAUCCUUUCGAUGUAGACGAACCUUUGGAGUCUGAAGAAGCUGUAGAUCUAAGCCCAGAGUGGAUACAGGAGCUCCCAGAGGACCUUGAUGUGUGCAUUGCUCAACGGGACUUUGAGGGAGCCGUGGAUCUCCUAGACAAACUAAACGAGUAUCUGAAGGACGAGGCUGUGACCCCACGUGUGAAGGAGCUAAGAGGCAAAGUGGAUGAGCGAGUGCGACGUCUCACCGAUGUGCUGGUGUUUGAACUUUCCCCUGACCGCUCACUCAGAGGUGGACCGAAAGCGACGCGGAGGGCUGUGUCGCAGCUGAUUCGGUUGGGCCAGUCCACCAAGGCCUGUGAGCUGUUUCUUAAAAACCGUGCAGUAGCUGUGCAGACAGCCAUCCGACAGCUGCGCAUUGAGGGGGCCACGCUUCUCUACAUACACAAGCUCUGCAACAUCUUCUUCACGAGUCUGCUGGAGACCGCAAAGGAGUUUGAGAUGGACUUCAAGGGCAACACUGGCUGCUACUCAGCCUUUGUGGUCUGGUCACGCUCUGCUAUGAAGAUGUUUGUCGACGCUUUCAGCAAGCAGGUGUUUGACAGCAAGGAGAGCCUCUCCACGGCCUCCGAGUGUGUCAAAGUCGCCAAAGAACACUGCACGCAGCUGAGCGAGAUAGGCCUGGACCUCACCUUCAUCCUUCAGUCCCUGCUGGUGAAGGACAUCCGAUCCGCCCUCCUCAGCUACAAGGACAUCAUCAUCGAGGCCACCAAGCACCGCAACUCCGAGGAGAUGUGGCGACGGAUGAACCUCAUGACCCCCGAGGCCCUGGCCAAGCUGAAGGAGGAGAUGCGAAGCUGUGGCGUCGGCAACUUCGAGCAGUACACAGGAGACGACUGCUGGGUGAACCUCAGCUACACCGUGGUGGCCUUCACCAAGCAGAUGAUGAGUUUCCUGGAGGAGGGUCUGAAGCUGUACUCCCCCGAGCUUCACAUGGUGUUCCUGGAGAGUCUGAGGGAGGUGAUCCUGGCGGCCACACAACACGUGGACUACAGUCUGCGCUGCGAGCAGGAGAGUGAGAAAAAGGCCUUCAUCAUGCAGAAUGCCGUGUUCCUCCACGAGAUCGUCCUGCCGGUGGUGGAAAGGCGGUUUGAGGAGGGAGUGGGGAAGCCCGCCAAACAGCUGCAGGACCUGAAGAAGAAUCUCCGAGCCAUGCAGGUCAACCCUGCGAGCACCAUGUCUGUAGUGUAAAGGUGAUAAGGUUUAGUCAAAGAACUGGGGUGUUCCUGAUAACAGAUUUAGCUACUUGCCUGGCUAUGUACAAUUAUAAAAGAAGUUGUAAACCUUCUAGGGUCUUAUGGCUAGGUUCUUGUAACAAAACUGCACAGGACCCUGCUACUACCACUUAAUUACAGUGAGCUUAUCUACAUCAAGUCUGUAAACUUCUGCUUUACCGUAGCACUCCCCAUAAACCUGUGUCAUCCUCUGUAUUGACUAUGUAUCUGAUUGCUCCCUUGAAAGCACCUUCAUCCUCAUCACAAAUAUAUUAUGUACCUGGAGACACUCACUAAAUCAACGUGGCUUACCAGGGAUAGCAUCCAUAUUUAUGCUCUAUUAAUUUUAGUUAUUCAUUUUAAUCAUGUUGAACACUGCUUUGUGUUGAAAACGUGCCAUGGUUGCAGAUUAAAACACUAUUUCUAAAAUUCUGCACAAAUCCACAUAGUUCACAAUGGUAUGUUUUUUGUUUCUUUAUCAGUAUGAGGUUAGAAUGGGCUUGUGUUUUUUUUAAUCACUGAACCUAUAUCUGCAAAUAUAUCUUGUAAAAAUCCCUGUGUGCAUUUCAAAAUAAUUAAAAAAGGGAAUCUUAAUGUGAA